AACAAGGUAGCGAGCCUCGUAGACAUUUGGCAGCAGUUGGCGCCAUCGUGUCUACUCUCCAACCGACUCGACUUGACAGAAGCAGAAAAAGCCGAGCCGAGCUGCUGGCGAUGGCGGCGGGAAUGGAGCAGAAAUCACACUUCUCAGACGCAAAGUCGAGAAUCGGCCGAAAGGAGGCUGGCGGAUGAGCACUCCAUUCAUCCGUUCCGGUUGAGUGAACCUGGACUGCGAAAGGACCAGCUGAAUGUUGUGUUGCAGCAAACGACCGUGUGUUUCACACUCCUUGUGGCUCUUCUUGCAGAAGUAAGUUUCCUACUUCUCCAUCUUCUCCCUCCAUUCAUCCUCCUCUUCUCAGUCCCGCUUCUCUUCUUCCUCUUCCUCCUACUCCUGCCCCUCUUCUUCCUCCUCCCAAUCUUACUCAUCUUCUCCCACUCCCGCUUCUCUUCUACCUCCUCCUCCUCCUCCUCCUCCUCUUCAUCCUUUUUUUCAAUCAUCUCCCUCCACUUGUCCUCCUAUUCUUCCUCUUAUUCCCAAUCCCACUCCCGCUUCUAUUUUACCUCCUCCUUUUUUUUCAUCUUCUCCCCCCACUUGUCCUCCUCUUCUUUCUCUUCUUCCCACUCAAACCCCUCUUCUUCCUCCUCUCCGUCCCGCUUCUCUUCUUCUUCUUGCCACUCCCACUCAUGUUCUCCCACUCCCGCUUCUCUUUUACCUCCUCUUCCUUUUUUUCAUCUUCUCCCCCCCUUGUUCUCCUCUUCUUCCUCUUCUUCCCACUCCCACCCCUUUUCUUCCUCCUCUCAGUCCCGCUUCUCUUCUCACUCCUCCUCUUCCCAUUCCAAUUUUUCUUUUUCUCAUCACACUCCUGCUCCUCUUCCUUCUGCUUCUCUUCCAUUCAUCUUCCUCCUCCCUAUUCUUCUCCUCCUCCUCAUCCUUUUCCUUCUCUUCCUCCUUUUUUUCCAUCUUCUCCCCCCACUUGUCUUCCUCUUCUUCUUCUUCUUCCCACUCAAACCGCUCUUCUUCCUCCUUUAA